AUGAACAUUCUACAGAAGAUCUUCACGCCGGGCAGUAGUGCAAAGAAGAAAUCACUGCUGCACGGUGACCAGGAGGCCAGGGAGCGCCAGUCGCACACCUCUCCCAAGGCCUCCGCUUCCACCCGCAUUAAGCGCAAGUCAACCACAGAGAACUCCGAUGGUGACAGCUGUGGACCGCUUGUACAGAGUGUGUCGCUGACAGUAAUCAGUGAUCCAGUGCCCACAUCUUUCAAGACCAAUUCGAGCUUUGCAAAUCAGUCGAGGCAGACCCAGGGUACCGCCUCCCCCAAGUCGGUGCACCUUGCUGGCUCCUUCUCGAACGCGAGCUACCAUCUCGACCGUCACCACCAGCACACUUCCACCCAGGCCAGCAGUGUCUCUCGCCACAACCAACGCUCUUUCCUUGAUAGGAUGCAAAACAGCGGCAGUUUUGCACUCGGUGACACGACGGUGGCCGGCGGGAGCUCUUCGGCGAACGGCGGCACAGUGAACCUGUGGCGGUUGCCUUGGACGCAGCAGAAAGUGACCAUGUGCCCCCACUGCCAUCGCCCGCGUCAGCGUGACCGCAGCACACACGUCUCUCGCGCCAGCUACUCAGUACAGCAGACAGGCAGUGAAAACGGCAUGGGUGACGACAUGAGCGAGGCGAAUGACGACAUGUCCUACGGCGACUUGGAGGAUAUGGGUGGGCCAACGGGUGAGUCCGUCACGUACUGCCGCUGCGGGGCCGCAGUGGAUGGCGACACGCCACCUGAUCACGACAACUCCAUCGAAUCCGCGGAGGAGCGCCCGCAAGUUUUUGUUGUGGAGACGCAAAAUCCACGCACAGUGCUGCUACGUGGCCCCAUCACCAAUGACUCGGUCAGCGACAGCGACGGUGAUGAAGACCAGCGGCGGUCGUACAAGCUGUCGUUGGUGUCUUCCCUUACCUCCGCCUCGCUACGGCGUCGCGCGCCGCAUGUGCAGCCGACGCAGAGCACUAACCCUCCCCAAAGCAGCUCCACUUCUGUGCCGAGGAGCGUGAGCCACUGGCUUCAUGAGCAAGAGGCCUCGGAGUCACCCGCCCUGUCGAGCCCCAAGGGGGUCCGAUAG